AUGUCUGCUCCAGCGAACUGCACCAUCGCGACCUGCUCGAUCAAAGAGUACGGGCAGAUCCAGUACAUCCCGACCUUGGUGGGCAAUGCCAUCUACACUGGCAUCUUCGGCUUGCUCCUCCUCCUCCAGCUCCUGCUAGGGAUCCGGUACCGGACUUGGGGGUUUCUGGUCGGGAUGACAUGCGGGAUCGUGCUCGAGAUCGUAGGCUAUGUCGGUCGACUGAUGCUCAACAACGACAUCUUCGACAAAAACUCCUUCAUCAUCUACCUGAUCGGCCUGACCAUCGGCCCGGCUUUCCUGACCGCCGCCAUCUACCUGUGCCUUUCUCGCAUCAUCACGAUCCACGCGCUCGAGCUGAGCCUGCUGAAGCCGCGCACCAUCGCGUGCAUCUUCGUCGCCUGCGACUUUGUCUCUCUGCUCCUGCAGGCCACGGGCGGUGCCAUCGCGUCGACCGCCGACGACAACGCCACGAACCAGAUCGGCAUCGAUGUCAUGAUUGCGGGUUUGGCGUCGCAGGUCGUGUCGCUGGCCAUCUUCAUGGCUCUCUGCUCGCAUUUCGCGUGGAAGGUUUUCAAGAACCCCGACAAGCUCAAUCCUGAGCACGCGACGCUGCGAGGAACACUCCGUUUCAAGGGCUUCUUGGCUGGCAUCGCAAUCGCCGUCAUCACCAUCACGGUCCGCUCGUGCUACCGCCUGGCCGAACUCCAAGACGGCUUCGACGGCGCUCUCGCCAACAACGAACUCGUCUUCAUGAUCCUCGAGGGACCCAUGAUCAUCGCCGCCGUCACGGCCCUGACAGUCUGGCAUCCUGGCUUCGUGCUGGGUGCCAAGCUGUGGAAUGAAGCCGGCUUCCAUGCCAUGCCCACGACGAAUAAUCUGGGCCACUACAAGGAGGUCAACGACAGCAGCGCCGAGCAGAUUGCCAUGCCGUCGCUUCCUCCACAGGUGUAG